AAUACUAAAUAUUAAAUUGUUACCAUUAUGAUUUGUAAAGUGUAAACACUUUAUUAGUAAUUACCUACCUAUUAUAAUUUAUAUUUUGUUGUUUAUAAUUGCUAAUUGACAAUUGGUAAUAGUUAAUGAGUACCUGCAUUACAUAAAACUGAUUUGAUAGUUUAAAAGGUAAAAAAUAGGUUUCAUUUACUGCACCAGUUUCGAAGAACAAUACAAUGACAUGUAUCAGUCAAGAUGGAAAAUUCAGUUUGGGAGAACAUACAUUGGCAGUGCCUAUGGAACUAUAUAAACUUAAUCGAGAAAGACUUUGUAAACGUCUAUCAGAAGUUGUGGACAAGGAUGCUUAUGUACUAUUACAAGGUGGAUCACAUAUAUCCCAUUAUUGUACUGAUGUGGAUUAUAUAUUUAGGCAGGAGCCCUAUUUCCAUUGGACUUUCGGAGUCAGCGAACCUGAUUGUUACGGUCUAAUACAAGUAUCCAGCGGCGAAGCCCAUUUGUUUUUCCCGAGAGUCGAAGAGGCGCACACAGUGUGGUUGGGCAAACCGUUGAGCUUAGAUGAAUACAAAUGUCGGUAUAAGGUCAACUACGCGUCGUACGCAGACACGCUUGGUGAAACACUGAAUGCAUUGAAACCUUCACUGAUAUUGACUUUGUUUGGAAAAAACACUGAUAGCGACAUGACCUGUAAAGAAGCACAUUUUGAAGGAAUAGACAGGUUUACAUUGGACAACAAAAUAUUACAUAAAAUCAUUGCAGAUUGCCGCGUUAUCAAAACUGAUUACGAAAAAGAAGUCAUGAGGUACGCGACGAAAGUCACUUGCAAUGCUCACAAGUCCGUGAUGGCAAAGUGUAAGCCGGACAUGUACGAAUAUCAAUGCGAAGCUAACUUCUUGCAUUACGCUUAUUACGUCGGAGGGUGCAGGCAUGUGGGCUAUAACAAUAUAUGUUGUUCAGGCAUGAACGGCGCCGUCCUGCACUACGGACACGCUACCGAACCAAACUCUAAAGAGAUCCAUGACGGCGACAUGUGUCUGUUUGACAUGGGAGCAUCGUACAGCGGCUAUACGGCAGACGUGACCGUAUCGUUUCCAGCUAAUGGAAAGUUCACCGAUGAUCAACGCGCGAUUUAUAAUGCCGUGCUUGCGGCCAGCCGUGCCGUUAUGAACGCCAUAAAACCAGGUGUUUCCUGGGUGGAUAUGCACAUACUGGCCAACAAAGUUACGCUUAAAGAGCUGCGCGAAAUUGAUUUACUUCGCGGUGACGUCGACGAAAUGUACGAAGCCGGUCUUGCCGCCAUAUUUCAACCACACGGGCUUGGGCAUCUACUGGGAAUUGAUGUGCACGAUGUCGGUGGUUACUUGGAAGGACAUCCGGACAGGCCGCUAAAGCCAGGCGUCAAGGCCCUGAGAACGGCUAGAAACUUGGAAGCGGGCAUGGCACUCACUGUUGAGCCGGGGUGUUAUUUCAUCGAACCGCUGUUAAAGCGGGCUCUCAGUGAUCCGGUACUGUCCAGGUUCUUAAACGAAAAAGUGCUGAAACGGUUUUGGAAGUUUGGUGGCGUGCGUAUAGAAGACAACAUUUUUGUUACGGAACGUGGAAUCGAAAACUACACCCCAGUACCAAGGACUGUCGAAGAAAUUGAAGAGUGGAUGAGUAAAAAAGAAACAGUCGCUUAGAUCAAUGUCAUCGAAUAUGAUACGUUGCACCAUUUAUUUGUAUUAAUUGAUCAACAAUAUUACUUAUUUUAAUAACUAAAUGGGAAAUGUUUAAAAACAAAUUAUACUUAUUUUCAGAAUUA